GCUUAUGGCUUUUGAAUGGCCCUGGCAGUAUUCGUUCCCGCCUUUUUUCACUCUCCAGCCCAAUUUAGAAACUCGUAAGAAACAAUUAGAAGCCUGGUGCUCUUUAAUCCUAACGUUCUGCAAGCAGAAGAAAAUAUUUACUUUUGACGUGACAGAAGCGCAGACCAGUGAACUGUUCUGUAAUAAGUCGAUCAAUAGAAAGCUCUCAAACGAUGAUUUGAUUUUUGUGUUGGAGACGUUAAGAAAGAGAGGCAAUUUACACUGGAGGGAUAAGAAGAAAACACACUUUACUAUAAUUUGGAGGACACCUGAUCAGUGGGGAACAAUUUUGUACGAGUGGGCUCAGAGAACAGCGCGACUGAACACCGUUUGCACGAUAUUCGAACUGACCAAUGGAGUCGAGACUACAGAAGAGGAGUUCUAUGGACUAGAUGACAGUCUCAUCUUGGCUAGUUUGAAGACCCUAGAAGCGUCUCGCAAGGCGGAAAUAAUCGAUAGAGACGGAGUCAAAUUUUUCCCGUAACGGAUUUCGUCGAUUUAAAUUGUAUCUAAAUCAUAGUUUAUUUUUCUGCAUUC